ACCAAACUUAGAAAAAUGAGUUGGUUUCUUGGGAUUUUGUUCCUCAGUUUCAUAUGUGGUAGUGUUUCAGAGGUUCAAAACAAAGAUGACCGUUCUGCUGCUGUAAUUGGUACUGUAUACUGUGACACAUGUUCUCAGCAAGAUUUCACACCGGAAACGCCCUUCAUUUCAGGUGCCAAAGUUGGUGUAGAAUGCAAAUUUGGGUAUUCAGUACCAAGUUUCAAGGAAGAAGUGGAGACAGAUAAACAUGGUGAAUUCAAAGUGAAGCUACCAUUAAAAGUGUGGAAGCAUGCACAGAGAAUCAAAGGCUGCACUGUCAAACUCAUUAAUAGCAGUGACUCAAAUUGUGAUGUGCCCUCAGUUUCCACAUCUUCUUCAGUCAGUCUCAUUACAACAAAGCAAGAAGAACACAUUUUCUCAGCUGGCUUCUUCUCAUUCAAACCUAUUCAAAAACCAAGCUUUUGCAACCAAAAACAAAGUGUUUCAAACCCUUCUACAUUACAUGAAAAUUCAGCAGUAGAUACCGCUUUCCCUCCCCUCCCAUUCCUACCUCCAAUCCCAUUCCUACCUCCAAUUCCCUUCCUACCUCCAAUCCCAUUCCUACCUCCAAUUCCUUUCCUUCCUCCAAUCCCAUUCCUCCCUCCCAAUCCAUUUCUACCUCCAAACCCAUUCCUACCUCCUAGCCCACCAAGCCCACCCCAAACUCCAAGUCCAGUGCAACCACCUUCAACUCCACUUCCAUCUCCAAGUCCAUCUUCACCACCUACCGAAAGUCCAACUCCAUUGCCAGAACCUCCAGCUUCAGAACCUCCAAGUCCAUUGCCAGAACCUCCAACUUCAGAACCUCCAAGUUCAUUGCCAGAACCUCCAACUUCAGAAUCUCCAAGUUCAUGGCAAGAACCUCCAAGUCCAUCUCCAUCACGUAGUGCACCAGCAGUCAACUACUAUACACUCUAACCACCAUGCCCACACAGCCAAUUUACCCAAUGCUGCUUCAUCCCCUUGAUUAAAUAAAGCACUUGACGAAGAACUGGGCAAUUUAAAUGAGCUUCUAGGAAAAAAGUAGAAAGGUUGAAAUGUUAAGUUAAAAUUAACUUACAUGUUGUAAGGUGUUUGAAAAUUUUAGAUAUGUAAGUUAAUGUUAACUUGUCAAAGGAAUUUAUACAAGUUGA